AUGCGGACGCCGACAGCCAUGAUCGUGGGGCUGGUGCUGUGCCCCUGCGGGCUCCUGCUGACACUCACGGGCACGCUGGCACCCAACUGGAGGCAGGUGAGCCUCGUACCCGACCAGCCCCUUGACCUCAUCUUCGAGCAGGGCAUCUGGGACAUGUGCAGAGAGCGGCAGAGCACCCACGACCGCCAAUGCGGGCAGCCUGAUGAGCUGGGCUACUUUGUGCAGGUGCCCGUGCGAGUGGCCCAAGGGCUGAUGCCCACUUCACUUGUGCUUACCCUCCUGGGCUUGGUGGUGGCCGCCUUGGGGGUUCGUUGCUGGCAGAAGGAGCCACGGCACGUGGUGGCUGGUGUGGCAGGGCUUGUGCUGCUCCUCUCAGGGCUGCUGAGCCUCAUCCCUCCCUCCUGGUACACCCAUGAGCUGUGGGCACUGCCCGCACCAGCUGGCAGCACAGUGGCUGUAGGCUACAGCUUGGUGCUGAGCUACUUGGGAAGCUGUCUGGAGAUCUUGGGGGGACUGGCCCUCGCCCUUAGCUUCCACCACUGCUGCAAGGAGCGCAGGGCCCCCAGACUGCCCCCCAGCCCUGUGCUGGAGGUUGGGUCAUGCUCCACCAUUGCGGCUUAUCGCAGCCCCUGGGAUGAGCUGGAGAAUGAGCAAGAUGGAGAACACUGGAGGAGCACCCUGCCCUGUGACGCUGACUUGUAG